AUGUUCAGUCUCGUUAUGGCGUCUUACCGGACCUGAAUGGGAUUUUUUUGCCGUCCCAUGCAUUGGAAUUUACCAGGUGUGAACAGCGACCACCGUUUUUAGAAAUCUUUUCCCUCCACUAUUUCUAGAAAAUUUCAAUGUAAAUGGAGGAAGAAGACAGCCUGUCGGUGGCGGUGCCGGACCCCGCUCCGGACCAAAAAAAACAAGGUGGUGCCGAAAACAGCGGGGCUUCGCCGUGCGCCGAGCCCAGCGCGACGGGACCGAGCAGAGCGGCGGGUCGAGCCGACCUCUCCGCACCGAGCGGCCGCGGCGCCGCGGGGAUCCGGGUGCUAAAGCGUAACAUGAAACGGAACGGCAGCCAGGGCUGCGUGACCCGCAAGAACCGCUUCGGGUCCAGGGAGCGGGACUGGCUGAAAGGCGGAGCUCAGCGCGGCUGUGUCUGCCUGUAUGGACCCGGCGAGGCCCAGCCUGCCUCAUCCACGCAGCCAGACCUGAGGCUGGUGCUCUGUUCCACCAGUACCACGGCAGAUGAGCUGUGCAGUCAGGGGAAUGCCCAGAGUCUGUACCUGCAGCUCCAUGGAGACCUGCUCAGGAGGCUGGACCCCGCUGAGAGGCCCCUACAGAUGGUGUACGACUACCUGGGGGCCAUCGGAUACAUGGACCCCCUGCGCGUCCAGAGGGAAGCCGCCAACUCGGACCUCAGCUGCAUGAUCCGCUUCUACAGCGAGAAGCCACAGAGUGCCGACCAGAUGGAGCGCACGCUGUUGAAGGGCGUGUUCAGCGUGCGCAAGGGCAAGACGCAGCUGCACAAGUGGGCGGAGCGACAGGUGAUCCUGUGCGGCACCUGCCUUAUCGUGGCCUCCGUCAAGGACAGCCUCACGGGCAAGAUGCACAUUCUGCCCCUGGUGGGGGGGAAGGUGGAGGACGUGCGGCGGAGGCAGCACUGCUUGAUGUUCAGCUCGGCUGGACCCCAGGCCCAGACCUACUACGUCAGCUUCGACACCAUAGCUGAAUAUCUCCGGUGGCAGCGGCAGGCUUCAAAGGUGGUCUCGCAGACCAUGAGCCUGGUCGACCUCUCCUGUUACAGCUUGGAGGAGGUACCUGAGUAUCUCUUCUACAGCCAGGACGUCACGCACCUGAACCUGCGGCACAACUUCAUGAGGCUCGAGGGCCCUGGGGGGCUGCAUCAGCUCAAGAGGUUCUCACAGCUGAAGAGCCUAAACCUCUCCCACAAUCGCCUGGGCACCUUCCCGGACUCCGUAUGUGACAUCCCGUCCCUGACCGAGCUGAGCCUGUGCUGUAACGGGCUCCAGACGGUUCCGGCCCGUAUAGGCGACCUGCAGAGCCUGCAGACGCUCUCCCUGGAUGGGAAUCACCUGGACUCCCUCCCCGAGGAGCUGGGCGGCCUGACACAGCUCUGCAGCCUGGGCCUCUCCUUCAACAACUUCUCGGCCGUCCCUGGCGUGCUGGAGAGGCUGACGGGCGUCGACAGGCUGGCUAUGGCUGGGAACCAUGUGGAGACACUGGAGCUGGCCGGUCUGGGCCGCAUGGACCACCUGCGCAGCAUUGACCUUCGGUUGAAUGGGCUGUGUGGGGUUCAGAGUGGAGGCCCCGAUGCCCUAAAGCUCGUAACGCACAUGGAUCUGCGGGACAACCACCUGUCCUCACUGGACCUGAGCUCCGCCUGCAAUCUGGAGACGCUACACUGCCAGCACAACCAGCUGGGGGCGCUCACGUUGAGUGGCUUCGCCUUGCGUGCCGUCUAUGCCAGCGGGAACCGCCUCUCCACGCUGAACAUCUACCCCGUCCCCAACCAGCUGACGCACAUGGACCUAUCGCGGAACCUCCUGGAGUACCUGCCGGACUGGGUGUGCGACACACGCAAGCUGGAGGUGCUGGACGUCACCCACAACCUGCUGGUGGAGCUGCCCGGCAGGCUCCUCGGCAGCCUCAGUCUAAGGAGGCUCAUGUCUGGCUGCAACCGGCUACAGCGGCUGCCUGACCUACUUGACCACAUCCCCCUAGAGGCGCUAGACUUGCAGCACAACAAGCUGACCGAGCUCCCCGAGAACUUCUUCUACAAGGCCUUAAACCUGAGAUACCUGAACCUGUCUGCCAACUGCCUGGAGACCAUCCCCCCAAGCAGCCAAUCAGAGGAGAGCCUCAGCACACUCCAGGAGCUCUACCUCACAGGCAAUAACCUGAAUGAGCAGUGCGCCGCCCUGCUGGUGGGACACCAGAACCUGCGUGUGCUGCACAUGGCUUACAAUCAGCUGCUCUCCUUCCCAGCCAGCAAGCUGAGCAAGCUGGAGCUGCUGGAGGAGCUGAACCUGAGUGGGAACAAGCUGAAGACCAUACCGUCCACUGUGUCCAGCUGCAAAAGACUGCACACCCUCAUUGCACACUCCAACCACAUCAGCGUGUUCCCCGAGAUCCUCUGUCUCCCGGAGGUCAAGCUGGCUGACCUGAGCUGUAAUGAGCUCACUGAGAUCCUGCUGCCCGACUCCCUGCCCCCCACCCUGCAGGAACUGGACCUCACGGGCAACAGCAACCUCAUGCUUGAGCACAGGACCCUCAACCUCUUCAGCCACAUCACCACCCUGAAGUUAGACCAGAAGCCGGCCGUGAGCUCCGGCGACGCCCCCGUGACGUCCAGCCUUUGGAGCCACGGCUAUGCCGAGAUGAGCGGCCAGAGGAACAAGCUUUGCGUGUCGGUCCUCGCCAUGGACCGCUUUGGCGACAACACGGAGGCGGCGUACGGCAUCUUUGAUGGCGACCGCAACGAAGAGGUGCCGCGCCUGCUGCAGUGCACCAUGGGAGACGUGUUGUCAGAGGAGAUCCAGCACUCUGCAGUGGACACCGUGUACAUGUGCAACACCUUCCUCACGUCACACCGGAAGCUGGGGAUGGCUGGCCAGAAGCUGGGGGCCUCAGCGUUGCUCUGCUACAUCCACCACGAGGCCUCGGACCCUGGCGGCUACUUCAGCCUCACCCUGGCCAAUGUGGGCACCUGCCAGGCCCUGCUGUGCCGGGACAGACGGCCCCUGGUACUCUCCAAGGUGUUCAGCCUGGAGCAGAGUGCCGAGGAGACAGACCGGGUGAAGCGGAGCAAAGCCAUAAUCACCGAGGACAACAAGGUGAGCGGUGUGACGUGUUGCUCCCGCCUGCUCGGCUGCUCCUACCUCUACCCCUGGGUGCUGCCCAAGCCUUGGGUACGCACGGAGCCGCUGUGUGCCCAGGAUGAGUUCCUGAUCCUGGGCAACCGGGCGCUCUUCGAGAGGGUGUCCUACGAGGAGGCGGUGAGCACCGUGCUGGCUGUGCGAGAGCCACGCGCUGCCGCCAAGAGGCUGUGCACGCUGGCGCAGAGCUACGGUUGUCGGGACAACGUGGGAGCGGUGGUGGUGGCCCUCAAUGUCGGGGAGGACAGCUGCACCUGCGAGUUGCCCGUCGCCCCUGGGGAGGGCAAGCCCGGGUCUGGGGGAGGAGUCGGGGGGGCAUUGCCCAUUACCGUGCCCCCCGGGGAUCCAGCCACGCCCUCGUCCAGCAGUGGCAUCGCUUCCGAGUUCAACAGUGAGAUGUCGGCUUCGGAGGUUGGCAGUGAGGCAGGAUCCACAGCGUCUGAUGAGAAUCCCUCAUCAGGCCCCGCCUCUCGGCCUGAGCGGCGAUGCAGCCUGCACCCAGCUGCCACUGUUUGUGGCCCCACCGCCACCCACCCGAGCCUCUUCCAGCGCCAACCCUCCAGUGCCACCUUCUCCAGCAACCAAUCUGACAAUGGGCUUGACAGUGAUGACGAGGUGCCACUAGAGGGCGUCAUUUCCAACGGCAGCAAGCUGGAGGUGGAGGUCGACAUCCACUGCUGCGCCUUCCAGAUCCGCUCGGCGGGGCGUGACGAGGAGGAGCAGGGGCCGCCCCACGACCAGCGUGGCUCCGCCUUCUCCAAUGGGGGCUUCAGUGACAAGCUGCGGCAGCAAGGCAGUGUGGUGGUGUCAGCCACCAACGGCUGCCUGCUGGCUGUGUGUGGCAGGGAGAUCUCAGAGCUGAAGAAGUCCCCGUCCACCUCCAGCCUCUUCGGGAAGAAGCUGUCCAAUGGCUCUGUGGUGGCUCUGGAGGACAGUCACAAUCUCAUCGAGGUGGCCCUGGAGGCCCCCAAGAAGAAAUCGGGCUACUUCUCCGCUCCUGCCCAGCAGGACCCCGAGGACCAGCUGGUGGUGCCCCCGAACCUGAAGCAGGACGUCUGGGAGCAGCUCAGGGGGCAAAAUGCUGUGGUCCCGGGACCACCUCCCCCAACGUUGUCCCCCCUGCCCACCAGAGAGCCUGACUGGGAGACUCCCCACCCCCCCCAGCUGUGCCCCCAGGACCUUGGCCCCACUGCUGCUGCUCAGCAGGAGGUGUAUGACACUGCGCUAUAGAGGUCCGCGUGCCGCUGUGUCAGCAGGGACGCCGCGCUGCUCUCGGCCGGGUCUCCGUGGCGCCUGUGGCAUCUUCCAGUUUGAGUGAUCACAUGGUCAGUACGGGGUCCUGCUUGCGUAACCACGGUAACGUUAGGCCAUUGCCAGAACGGAUGCAUUUCGCGUGGUCCUGACUGUUUGUUCUUCCGGUCGGUGUGACCAGCUGAAAAACACGGUCGUUGAGUGAGGCGUGCAGUCGCUGCGGGUGGGGUGGAUGAGAGGGACAGACGUGGCCAAAAUGCGCGCUUAGACUGGAAUACCUCAUAACACUGCAAAAAGCGGUAUCGCCGUGUCCCUUUACACAUGUGGCAACAUGGCCGCAAUUCCUUACUGGCGUGUAUUUCUGAUCCAGAGGUUCGUCGGUGAACGCAGUAGUGCCGCAGCGAAAAAACAAGGGUUAAAGAAUUUUUUAAAAGUGCCUAUUGUAGGAGAGAAGAGUCCCCCACAGUGCCCCCUAGAGGGCAAUAGUGGGUCUGUCGCAGGGUAUGUCUGACCUCUUGUCUAGCUAGCAGCUCUGUGGCUUUUCUUUGCUGUGGACUGGGCAGGACCACAGCUUGCGGGGCAGGGCGACAUUUGUGGUUUAUGGGCUGUCUGGGUUUUAAGAAAGCCAGAGGAAGUUGCAGCUUUAGAGAAACACGGUUCCCUUCAGGUUGGCUUUCGAAUUGCUGGAUGGUAAAGCAUCUCCUUUUCUAUUAACUUUUUUUGGGGGGGGGGGGAGGGU